AUGAAUUGUUGGGCACAUAGGUUUGGUGGCGAAGGAGGAAGACGAAGGAUGAUGGGCUCAUCGGAGCCGAUUCCCACCGGGGGUAGCGGGGAAGCCCACGCCCCGAGUUGGGACUAUAGUUGGGGGUGGGGCUCGAGCCCAACAUCCGGGUGGGGCUACGGAUCGGGCUCGGGUAAGUCUCCUAACGGGUUUGGGAGGCGGUCCGGGUUUGGGUUUGGGUCGGGAUCUGGCUCGGGAUCCGGAUAUGGCUAUGGUUCUGGUAGUGGUGGCGCUCAUGGAGGCAGUUAUGGGAGUGGCAACGGAAACGAAGGCGGUAACGGUGGCAGGCCCGACAACCAUUCGCCAUCAAACAAUAAGCGUGGUUGA